AUUGAACCCUCUGAUAGUUCUUUGCCUUCUAUUUGGGAGGCGACUCGCGAUCGAUAAAAUCACGAUAAAGUUCGGCCAAUGCAGCAGUAGUUGGUCUCUCAGUGACGUGCGGACUGUGCUGUAGUCGUUAACGCCUUUUGUCACGCUGCAGGAUAGACUUUGAUACAUUUUUAUUGCUUUCGUUCUAAAUCCAUUUUGGUGUCCCUGUAGGUAAAGUGCCCAGCCACCGAGUUUUUUUUUGCCAACUCUGUAAAUUUAAUUUAUCCACCGUGGAGGACCCGAAGAUGGACAGGCGACGUCUCUCGACGUCUGGAGACACUCUUUACCAAACUUUGGGUUUGACGAAAACAGCAACAACAGAAGAUAUAAAAAAGACUUAUCGCCGAUUGGCUCUGAAAUACCACCCAGAUAAAAAUCCUAACAAUCCUGAUGCUGCAGAACGAUUUAAAGAAGUUAAUCGAGCCCACAGUAUUCUCAGUGAUCUGACCAAAAGAAAUAUUUAUGACAACUAUGGCUCUCUUGGUCUUUACAUAGCAGAACAGUUUGGUGAAGAAAAUGUAAAUCCUUAUUUCCUUGUCACUUCUGGCUGGUGUAAGUUCCUUUUCAUCUUCUGUGGUGUUAUCACGGGAUGUUAUUGCUGCUGCUGCCUAUGUUGUUGCUGCAACUUCUGUUGUGGCAAAUGUAAACCACGACCACCUGAAGAAUCUGGUGACUACCACACUCUUAAUAGAAACCAGAAUGGCGCAGAAGGUGCUGUGAUAUCAGAGCAGCCACGCUCCAGGCGGAAUCAGGAGGAUGAUGAAGACGAUGCUGGUCCAUCCUCUGUCUCGACGCAACCUACAUCCAUGGCCAUGCCAAUGCCCAUGCCAAUGCCAGCCCCAGGUGAUCCGGCUCUAUCCUCUGUCAACGAGAGCACGUCUCUCAACGUCGGCGAUAAGAAAGUCUACACUCCAGGAAUGGGGGGAAGUUCAAUUUAUUCAGCAGGCACAAGCGACACCUCUUAAGUGGCAAAAAGAACUGCGCUGAAAAAUUUCCCCUAUCUCUUGGGGUUCAGUGGAAUAAGAGCAGUGGUUUUGCGGAGCCAAACUUUCAGCAGAGGCCUUAUGAGGAACGAAUAAGGCGCUGGUUGACGUCAUUAUACCUUAGCUAUCAAUAUUCAACUUUAGUUAUUGAAAUUGUAAUCUUAAGAAUUUGAGUUACAACAGGUAGAGUCAGUUUAUGAAGCUGGUUUUCUCAACCAUAAAUAUUUUUGAUCCAACUAUUCAAUUGCCAGAUGUCAUACCAGAUUUCUUGAUGAUACAUAUGUAACAAUUAUUCGUAUAAUUUUUAUUAAAAUUUCAAUUUGUAUGGGUGUAACUUUAUGAUAUGAGCACAUCAUUGUUAGAGUGCCUUGAAGCACAAAGCAGGACAAGUGGAUGCUGGAUUCUAAAACUAUUGUCUCAGCCGAAUUUAAUUGUAAAUUUGUAACUCGCAAUUGUUACUGAAUCUUGUUCUGUGUCUGCAAAGUGCAUACAUUUAUGUUCUGUCCAGUAAGAUUACCUUCCUUUCCCUGUAUAUUGUUGAGCUGCUUCUACUGCAUAUGCCAUUUAAAGUUGGAUUAUGCCUUUUUUACUGAUAUACAUUGUUGCAGCAGUCCAUGUGACACUUUACAAAGUUUAAAAAACCUGUUAUCCACAACUUGUAUAUAAGACAUUUCACACAUGUGUCAUACUUGUACAUGUGCUUUCCCAUGUAUUAGUUUUUCUAGCUUUUUGAUUACUCCCUUGUGGGAACCCAGUGCCGAGUGGCAUAGCUUCGAAAGGUGAUUCAGAUCCCAUUCCAUUUGUAAGUGUUGAUCCAUCUUUAUGACGGAUUGGUUUUACCACAUUGAUUUUCCUCAAUUUUACUUCAAGAUGUACUAAGCUCAAGAGCCCCUCUUUUCAAAUUUAGCUGAAAUAUUUUGUGUGUUUGAGAACAUACUUAUUUUAUUGGCUUGUUUACUUCUAUCUAAACAUGUUAUUUAUGCCACUUCUUCCUCUCUGAAAUUGCUUGAAGCAUUCUAAGUUGUCACCACUUAAUUGCCUACUUUGGAACAUGCAUAAAUUUCCUCUUUUGCUUGACAAGUUGAGCUCAAGCAUUUGUCCACAAAUAAAGCCAGUGCCUUAUUUCUUAUGGUGUAUUCACAGCAUUGUUUUAAAAUACUGUUUUGUCUGCUAUUUGAUGAUUCUAUUGACUUAUAAUCCUACUGUAAAUUAUUUGUUCAUUAGUACCAAGACACCUGCGUUUGUGGCUCUGUAUGUAGAGCAUCUUUGCCUCGAUCAGAAUUAUUUCACAACGUGACGACUCUAUGAGAGAGCAUCCCAAUUUUGCAAAUACUUCACUAUCACAUCCACAGUCAUUUAAGUACACAGCUUUUGUUUACUAGUCAUUGAAGUCAUUGGGAUAUAAUAAGUAACUUGAUUUUAUUUCCUUUUCCCAGUUUUGCUAUUUAUUUUGAUGUCCAAUUGAAUUAGAUUUGUUUUGUGUGUUCUCUACAUCUACAUUACAUGGGUUAGUCAAAUGUUUAUGGUCUAUAAAGUAAACUAUUGCAUCGAAUUUAAGAUUUAGGUGGGUGAUGUACCUGAUGAGGAUAAUUUUUAGUUAUGUAUGAACUUGAAGGGGACAUUUUACUUCAUGAAAUGUGAAGCUAUUUUACUUUUUGGAAAUAUUUUCAGUUCUGUAACUUUGGAGGAAAGUAUGUGGAUAUUUCAGAAAUUUCUUAAAUGUCAAUGUGAGAUCUUUUACAAUCAUUCAAUCAAAAAGUUUUAUCUUGCACACCAAAUGUGUGAAAUUUGAUGCACUUGGUGCAAUUUUUCACUGAAUCAUUCCUGUGGCAUUCUAUUAAUAAAACAGUUAACCAUAA